AUGUCGAGCUCAGGCUCUCUUUAUUAUCCACUGCAGAUGAAUAGAAACGAUCCGCAUCCUCCUUCACCUCCGCGCCAGGUUUCGACGGAUCCUCAUCGUUCACGACAUACGUUAACCAACGAUCAUUUCCAAUCAACCGAACAUCCCAUCAAUGAUUACAUGGACGUUAAUCCCGACGAAGCAGAAGCCGGCUCAAUUUUGAUCUCGCUGGCUAAUCAUGCAAACAGAACCACGAAACAUCCAAUAACGCCUCACGAACACCAACCAGUGGAAAAGUCUGUGAGCAGUCAUUCGAUGUCUAUCCGAAACUUGCUAGAUGAUGACGAGCGAGCACCUGACACACAGCAUGAACGCGCUUACGGCUGCGGUGGUUUAGCUACCCCGUCUUCCUACGAUAGGGAAAUCAGUUUAACCAAGAGAGCCGUACCGGCGGACUAUGAAGAAGGAUCGCAAAUUCCAACCAAACAAAUCUAUUCACGAGAGCCCAAUGGUAUGAACGUCAAUGCUACGCAAAUUGACGAUAGAGUUCACGAUGCGCGCCGGUAUCAUACAGCGGCUCCUGCAUUUACGGAGACGCCAUCCACUCAACCACCGGUGAAGCCUGAUGGUCGUUUAAGAAUGUCGUCGAAUGCAGGUUAUGGAUCUGUGCGCCACUAUGCGGAGUAUCAUGAUAGCAUGGUGCACACUGCAAGGUUGUCGCAGCACGCAGGCCGCAUGGAAGGCAACAACGGGCGAUCCGGUAAUUCCACCGUGUCAAAUGAUCCGCCUUCUAGAAACCAUCCAUCGUCGGCUUAUUCUUCCAGAAAUGUCGGCCACCCUACCGCUCAGACCGACAUACCAAUGACAAUGAAUCACAACUUUUCAAGACAAUACGAUCAUAUGAGACGUAAUCCUAGAGUGCGAAGGAACGCUUUACAUGCUUACAUCAGUUACAUGACCUAUGCCGAUCUUGCCCGACGCCGACCGAAUGAUAGCAUGGCAGAUUUGAAAGGUUUCCCAGGACAUGACAUGAUGGGCCACCCGGCCAUGCCUUUUCACACUGGCAUGCAACAGCCGCAACCACAGCUGCAACCACAACCUCAACCGCCACCACCGCAGACGCAUACGCAGGCGCAGCCACAUGCACCAUCAGCUUAUCAGCAUCAUGCUCCUCCUCCACCAGCUCAAGGUAAUCAUUCACCAGCAUCUACUCCAUUCCCACAGGAACCCACGGUUCAUCCGCAUAACCGACAUCGAACAUAUUCAUUGCCCCAAGAAUCACGAAAACAAUUUAUGCAUGACAUGCACAAGCAACAUCCCACCGGUUACCCUUAUGCAAAGCAUCAUCCACGUUAUCCCGAUUCUCAGAUGAUGGUCAUCGAAGCUGAACCGCCUAUGCUGUUUGCUUCUCACUCCUCCACCAUCCCGGAAAAGCGUCAUCCUCACACUUAUGCACCCAAUUUCACCGAAACCAAGCGACAACAGAAAUUGUUCAACGGUGCACCGCGUCCUGCCACGGAUGCGUCUCUGAUCGGACCCUCACCGUUCCUGCCUUCAUCGCCUCACCUCCAUUCUGCACGUCACCCGCAUCGCAACAAUGGGGAUUCGCCGACGUCUACUCGGUCCGCUUCACCGAUGCAAACAACCCAAGAUACGAUUGUGCAUCGCCCAUUGACCGCAUUUUUACGUGCUGAAGAACCCAAAUUUGGAUUGCCGGCUGCACGAUCGUCGUAUUUUCGAUCGCAUCCUUCCAUGCCUUCGGUGACAGGUGGUCCUGGACCCGAUGAGUUUCAUCCUUCGGCUUCCUUACCCUUGACCUCAUGGAAAAGCCGAGAUAUGCAGGCUAAAAAAGGUCAUGGCUAUUAG